CGUAGUGGUGGAGGCGGAGGAGGUUUAGGGGAAAGAAUUGUUUUCUGUGUGCGCGAGAAACGUGUCGACAGUACGAGUCUCUAAACGGGUCGUCGUUGGUGAUGGUGAAAUGAUUCUCUAGCCCGAAGUUUUUGACUUGGUCCGCCUGGACAAAGAGGAAGAUCUUUUGUAUAUCGCUGCUCUUCAAGGGAUCGUACGCUCGUUCAUCCAUAGAAAACAUCAUUAAACGCUGACGUCGCGGAAUUCGUCCCGUGUCGUUUUCCUUCGUGGCGAGCGUCGAACAUCCAACGACUGACUAGCGACCAUCACGCGCGCGUGUCUUUGUUUUUUUUCUCGGUGCUGAAUAACUGUACGGGAAAACAGAGAGUGUGUUAUAUCAUAGUGGUGAAAAACCAAUUCUUUCGCGGGUUCUGCUGUGCUAAAUAAUCCUAAGCAGUCAGAGGCCCUUCUGAAACGACAAUCGAGCUCAGCUGAUUCAAGGACUUGCUGCGAAGGGCUCUGCUGCGUUAAUAGACGAUAAAUAUGUCGUCCCCCAGCGCUGGAAAACGACGUAUGGACACGGACGUUCUCAAAUUAAUAGAAAGCAAGCAUGAGGUGACGAUAUUAGGAGGAUUAAACGAAUUUUCCGUCAAAUUCUACGGUCCACGGGGCACGCCUUACGAGGGUGGAAUAUGGAAGGUGAGGGUUCACUUGCCCGAGCACUAUCCCUUCAAAUCUCCUUCGAUCGGCUUUAUGAACAAGGUAUACCACCCUAACAUUGACGAGGUCUCAGGCACAGUGUGUCUAGACGUAAUAAACCAGGCCUGGACUGCCCUUUACGAUUUGUCGAAUAUAUUCGAGUCUUUCCUGCCCCAAUUGUUAACAUAUCCUAAUCCAAUCGACCCCUUAAAUGGCGACGCCGCGGCCAUGUAUCUACAUAAACCUGAGGAGUACAAGAAGAAAGUAGCAGAUUACGUGAGGAAAUACGCGACGGAGGAGGCGCUAAGGGACCAGGAGAACUGCGGUACCGAAAACGGAGUGUCGUCCGAUAGCGAGUCUUCGAUGAGCGACUUCAGCGAGGACGAGGCGCAGGACAUGGAGUUGUAACCAAAUAUUUUACCAUCCGUACCCAUAUCCUUAAUCUCGAUUCCCUGUAAACUCCGAUCGCUCGUCCUACCAAAUAGAUGCUUACAUUUCGAACCUCGAAACCUCACUGUCGGUUUAGCUACGUGGCACACUCGUCACUUUGUUUCGUAGGGGGAACCGCGAUCAGAUUGUUCGUUGAACGUUCGAACCGGGAGGUAAAGAAAAAGAAAAGAAGAAAAGGAAAAGAAAAAUAACGAAAGGAACAAUAAUGGGUUAAACGAUUAAAAGAAAAAAAAAAAAGAUAAGGAAAAAGAAAGAGAAUAGGAGAAAUGAUGAUGAUGAUGAUGAUGAUGAUGAUUGUAGAUAAGAGAAUAUCGCUUUUGGAGUUCUCUUUACGCGAGAGGGGGGCCGCUCUCGUCUCCGAAUGUUCUUAAAUUAGAAGGGACGUUGACGGAGAGAAGGAAAAUAUAUGCGCGCCGAUAAUAUAUAUAUUUUUGUUUCAUCCUUCUUUCUUUCUUUCUUUUUUUUUCUCUCUCUCUCUCUCUCUCUCUUUCCUCUUUCUUAAAUUUCGCGACUUUGCUAUCGAUUGAUUGAACGUCGAUUUAUUUCUAAUUGUCUGAAUUCUGACUUUGGCAUCGAUUGGCGGUUCAACAAUCGCGAAUCAUCAUAUUGAUCAUAUUUUGUUUCGCUAUUGUAUCACACGCGAUUGAUCCUAAAAAAAAAAAAUGCUAUGGAUGGAAUUCUUCCGUGAGAAAGUUAUAUAUGUAUAAAUAUAUUUUUUUUUUUUUUUUUUUUUUUUUUAAUUUCUCCAUUUUCGAUAUUUUAAGUUUGCUUAUUCCAUCGCGUUUCGAAUUCUUGGUCGAUCUUCUCCCUCUUGUUUCUUUCUCUUUCUUUUUUUUCUCUCCCUUCCCGAUCGGGUCAAGUCAGACGCAACUCGUACAUGGGCGUUCAAACGGUGCAUGAACACGAAAGAAUUAUUUUCGUUCGCUUUUCAAAUUUUGUAUACCUCUUACGGGUGUCGUAAUCCACGUUACGCUGUUUUAUUCUCUGCCUCUCUGUGCGCAUUAUCCCGAUACACGUGCCACGAGCAAGCACGGGGCACGAUAUAUAUCACGAAUCAGCAUCGAUUCCGAAUAAACGUUCGUUUCUCGUGUUUCGAAAAAUAUGCUUGCUCGUAGAGUAACGACUCUUUUGUCAUUUUCACGAUACAUAAUUAUAUAUAUAUAUUAUUAUUAUUAUUAUUAUUAUUAUUAUUAUUUUCACAAGACGAUUGAUUCGUCUCGAAUACGAAUAGAAUGUGAUUCGAACGUUGAAACUAUGUACGUACACGCAGGAGUAACGAUACGUGAUACAACGGUGAAAGGAAAAAAAAAAAAAAAAAAAAAAAAAAAGAAAAGAAAAGAAAAGCUCUGUCCUUUUCCACUCGAUCAACAUUCGAAUCGACCUUUUCUUUUUCUCGUCGACAGAUUAUUAUCUCUCAGAAUUAUUACAUAUCUUUUUUUUUUUUUGUGCGUUCGGAUGAUUUAGAUACGAAAGAAAUGAUUUAUCAUAUAAAGAAAGAAAAACUUUAGGGAAAAAAAAAAAAAAAAGAAAAAAAAAGAAAAAAAAAUAUGAAAAAUGGAAAAUGGAUACUAGCUGGUCCAUCUUCCUCUUUCUGUUCUGUCAUCACCAUCCCUGAACGUUUCCCUCGUAGGGCGCAGCAACGAGAAAAGGCUUCGUCAACAGUGUUGAAGACACUGACAAAUCUACGAUAUAAACGUCGUUUAAGUAGCGAUGUUAAUGUCGGAACGUCCCAACCACAGUUGAAAUCUGCACGGUCAACGUUUUUCAACGGAAGGGAAACGAUCGAAGACUCGGGUCACUUUCGAACGACCUCAGCCUCCUGUCUCGAGACACACGCGAACACAUCGAACGUAAGAAUUUUCGGAGAGUUGCGAGAGGACAACGGUGCGGCAUUCACACCGGAAUUGCGCCAGUAUUCGGAAAUGGACGUAGAUUUCAUACACUCGGGAGGAAGUAGAAGCAAUCUGGACACGACUGUCUAACCGAUCGUCGCGAAAUUUCUGGUGAUAUUCUCACGAUUAUUUUAUCAUAAAAAAGAAAGAAAGAAAAAAAAAUAUCAUUAAAAAAAAAAAAAUGAAAGAAAAGAAAAGAAAAGAAAAGAAAAAAGAAAGAAACAAACGAAUAACGAAUAUA